ACGACUAAUGAAACCAGUAACGAAGAAUUUCAAUUUUCACACAUGAAACAAGAAGCUACCCACAGCUUCAACUUCAAUCAUACUCAUCCUGAAGAUAACUAACUUAACAUAAGCAAUCGAUAAUUAUUCCAUUUAAUAAAAACCUCGUCAAAAAGAACAUAGAUCUCUUAUCAUCUCCUCAACUACCACUGACUAUAUAUGUGAUAGAAAAUAUAAAUAUCCAUCACUAGAUAACACUCAAACUCAAGGAGUUUCACAAAAUCUAACCAUAUAACAUCGCAUUAUACAGUAUUUGAUUUCUUCUUGCUCUACUUGUUGCUCCAGCUGAACGUAAGAUGUGCCUCAGAGUCGAUCCUUUUGAUAGCGAAGGCGAUGACAUUGAGCUCGCACUUCCGGGAGGUUUGCUCGACCGGCUUACAAAUGCAUUCUCCGACUUCGAGCUGCCGUCUUCAUCUUCGUGCGUCACAACUUCUGCUUCAGAAUCUUCCUCUAAAUAUCAUCAACAAUUCUAUAUGGGCUUAUCUGGGUGAAAAAGGGUCCAAAAAUUCAAAGAAACUACGUUUGUUGAACAAUAUGGGUGAAAAACGGAUAUUUUGCAUGAAUUAUGAUGAAGAAAUGACUGAUAAAUUUGAUGGAAUUACAGUUUGGUGGACGUUUCGAAACCGUAAAGCCGUUUUGAAGACAUCGUUUAAUAGACGGAGUUAUAAGCUAAGUUUUCAUAGGAAAAAUAGGGAGAUUAUAGCAGGGAAGUAUUUAGAUUAUGUGAUUAAGGAAGGGAAGAAAAUUAGGGAAAAAAACAGGACAAGAAGAUUGUUUUUGAAUAAAGUUGAACAUUCUUAUGUCCCUCAUAAUUUAUGGACUUCUGUUGAGUUUAAACACCCUGCGAGUUUCGAAACGUUGGCUAUGGAUUCAAUGAAGAAAAGAGAGAUUAUUGCUGAUCUUUUGAAGUUUAGGGAUAGUGAAGAGUAUUACUCAAGGAUUGGUAAGGCGUGGAAGCGAGGGUACUUGCUAUAUGGACCUCCAGGGACUGGAAAGUCUACUAUGAUUGCUGCAAUGGCGAAUUUGUUGGAGUAUGAUGUGUAUGAUCUUGAGCUUAAUGCAGUGCAGAACAACACGCAGUUGAGGAAGCUUUUGAUUAACACGAAUAGCAGGGCUAUAAUCGCGAUUGAGGAUAUUGAUUGCGCGCUUAAUCUUACAGGAAAAAGGGACACAAAGAAAUCUAGUACUAGUGGUAGUAGUGUAGGAACAAGAGGGAAUACUACUACUACUACUGCUACUGCUACUUCUUCUGCCAAUGGCUCUAGGCAGGCUAGCACUGUGACUCUUUCGGGUUUGUUGAAUUUCAUUGAUGGUAUAUGGUCUUCGCUUGGUGGUGAGCGAAUUAUAGUCUUUACUACGAAUUCUGUGGCUAAGUUGGAUCCGGCAUUGAUAAGAGCAGGAAGGAUGGACAAGCAUAUUGAGCUGUCUUAUUGUGGGUUUGAAGGGUUUAAAGUGCUUGCUAAGAAUUACUUGUUGGUUGAGGACCAUUCUAAGUUUGAUGUGAUUAAAGCUCUGUUGGAAGUAACCAAAAUGACACCUGCUGAUGUUGCUGAGAAUUUAUUGUUUAAGUCCCCAGAUGAUGAUGCUGAUAUAUGUUUGGAGAAUCUCAUUCGCGCGCUUGAGAAAGCCAAGGAAGAUCAGGAGGCUAAGGAGGCUAAGAGAAGGGAUAAAAAAGCGGAGCAAGCACAACUAGAGUUGGUUGAGAACAAAGAUGAUAAACCAGAAGUCGAGGAGGAAGAGAAGGAAACAAGUACCAUAAAGAAUGAAUAAGCAUGUCAAGUUAAUGGAACAAAUAAUUGAAACAAUCAGGAAGUUGAUUAUACUUAUCUAGCUAGGAUAUUACUUACAGUAUUACAAGUAUGCAGUAGACAAGAUGAUCAGAGUAACCAUUAUCAUUACUUAGUUUAAGCUUUCUAAAUGGCCUUUUUGUUAUUCACCAUUUCUGGCCCCAUUUUUGUUUGUUUGGAUCUACUAAGAACUUGAAGAUUUUACUUUCAAGAUGAUUUUUGUCACAAGACAAGAUGCAUAUUAAUCUUCAAGCAAUAAAAUGAUGUAAGGUAAUCAAAACACUUAUUUGAACAGAAUUAGAACUUGAUUAUGUUUGUACUUAAGAGUU